UCCCCGCCCUUGCUCGACUACGUAACAUGCGGCACAUCGUUCCAGGCGAAUGGAGCACAGCCACUCUCUCCACUGACCUGGAUAAGGACUGAAGAGGCUCCGGACUCCACUCACACACCGCAGAUGUAGGGCUAGGUUACAACGACGCAGCGGCAGAUGAAUCUUGUGCCCAUCUCUGUGAUCAGCGCCGCCGUGCAGAUGGAGUCGGGACCGGGAGGACGUGGCUGCCCGUCAGCGCCGCAUCCGGAGCCGAGGAGCUGGAGGCAGAGCACCGGGCUGCAGGGCCAACUCCUGUGAUCAGACCCUCCUCUGCUGCACCGGGACAGUUGGAGAAAAGAAACACCAACUUGAUAAAAAAUAUAUAUAUAUCCUCAGCGUCUACAUGGAGCCAGAUGGCGCUGGGUAGGGGGGCAGCAGGGGCCUCCGGGAGAGACCAGAGCUUCACAACUCAAGUGUAACUCAACUAAAGCUAAUGGAUUUGAAGAGAGUACUGUCCUUCCCACCAUACCCUGGGGAUUACCUGCAUCCAGUGGUGUAUGCCUGCACAGCAGUCAUGCUGCUCUGUCUGCUCGUCUCCAUCAUGACCUAUAUUGUCCACCACAGUGUGGUCCGCAUCAGCAGGAAUGGCUGGCACACACUCCUAAACUUCCUCUUUCACACGGGGCUGACAUUUGGAGUUUUCGCCGGGGGCAUCAAUCAGAUCAACUUACCUUUUGUGUGCCAAAUUGUUGGCAUUGUGCUCCACUAUGCGUCUUUGUCUACCAUGCUGUGGCUGACAUUCACUGCUAGAAACAUCUGUAAGGAUGUGUCCAAAGAUCCACUUCGGCCCCAGAAGAGGAAUGGGCCAGCCCAGACUCGCACCAAACCAACCGUCCUCAGAUUUUAUCUUGUAAGUGAUGGAGUCCCUCUCAUGAUUGUUGGAGUUACGGCAGCAUUUGGUAUGGAUAACUAUGGCAGCAGGGAUGACGCUUUGUAUUGCUGGAUGGCAUGGGAACCAAGCUUGGGAGGUUUCUAUGCCCCCAUGGGUCUUCUGGUCUUAGUCAUGUCUGUGUACUUCUUGUGCACUUACAUCCAACUUAAACGCCACCCAGAGAAGAAGUAUGAGCUGCGAGUUCUGAGUGAGGAGCAGCAGCAGUUAUCAUUUAGUGAGUCAAACCAUCACUGCCACACCGACACCGGGGGAGUUUCAGGGCCUAGUGGAGACUGUCCGCCAUUUGCAACAGGCGUGUCGGUGCUGGCCAAUGAGCACUCAUUUAAAUCUCAGCUCCGAGCCACAGCCUUCACCCUCUUUCUGUACCUGUCUACCUGGGCUUUAGGAGCAUUGGCGGUAUCAAUGGGGCAUUUCCUGGAUAUGAUAUUCAGCUGCCUGUAUGGGGCUUUUUGUGUCACUUUGGGACUCUUCCUUCUCAUCCAGCACUGUGCCAAACGUGAUGAUGUAUGGCACCGCUGGUGGGCCUGUUGCCCAUCCAAGUCCAAGUCAGAGGACGGGAAUGGGGACGGACAGAGCCAGAGGCAGGAGCUCCAUCAGCCACACUGCCACCUGAGCUCCCCAUGUUCAGGCAAGCAUCCUCUACUCUCUCCUCACCUCGUGCAGAGUUCUUACCACAAAAUGACACCACAUUCCCAGAGCCCCGCACCCAAUCACACAGGUCCAUGCUGUGUGGCCGUGAUGAGUCCUGUUACCGCCAACCCCAUCUCACCUCUCGCUGAACCAGCGCCCUCCCCUCGUCCACAGUCGCUUUCUGACGAGCUCCCUCGUCCUGCUCUGCCUCUACAGAGCUGCCUUAAUGACAGAACAAAGUCACGCUCCUUCAACCGCCCACGUCCAUGCCUCCAGGACUACCGUUCUCACAUGGCUUCCGUCAGUAUGGAUGGGAGUGUGCACAGCUCCCACCUGGACAGCCCUCGUGCAGCGCACCACCUUGAAGGCUCCCCACUGGUUUCCAUUAGCCCACAGCCAGACCUCCAGCUCCCCUGCCCCAGCCCUCACUUGGAUAAGCAGCUGGCUUCCUGCCACAGCUUGCAACACCAGAACUCCUGCCACAGCGUACAAGACUCAAUGACGUCCUGUCACAGCCACGCACACAGCAUGCAUGACAGCAUUUCUUCCUGUCACAGCCUCCUCCUGCCUGCUCAUGGGGUCCACACCUGCCAGUGGCACAUGUACAGCUCAGCAGAUCACUCUUCCACUACAAGCUGCUGUGAGAAACCUGAUCCCUUUACCUUGCAAUUUCAGCAAGAUCCCGACACGUCCAGCUGCAUGUCAAAGACAACAGAUAAAGAAAAGGAUAAACUCGGCGUAGAGGCGGAGCAGAAAGGUUUCCCAAGAAAUACUCUGCCUCGGCAGCACGGCACUUUCAGCCGGCGAGGUACCAUCGGCCGGAACAUGAGCCUGCAAGAAGACAGCCUGUUUGGUUCAGACGCCCCAGGAAACAUACGGACUGGCCCUUGGAAGAAUGAAACCACCGUAUAGUUUCCUCAUACUUGUACCUGUACUUGCCAGACCUUCCAGCAACCCUGUAAUCCAAUUACUCCGUAAGUGUUUGGGUCUCAAUGCCUUCAGCUUUGCCCUUAAACCACAGGUUGAAUUUUCAGUGAGUUCUUGUAUCGUGAUGAUAUCUCAGAACCCUUUAUGACAAAGUUAUCUUAAAGUGGGUUACUUAUCAGUUUUUAUAAAGAGAGGUUCAAUUAUUGUUGAAUUAUUAUUCUGCUCCAUGCUGUUUAAAGUUGCAAUCAGUAUUGUGUGGCUCCGUAGGGGUGCACUGGCUCAGUAGUUUGCGAGGUCACAGCAAGAAGGCCCUGAGUUCGAACUCCAUCAGUUCCAGUUGGAGCCUAUUUGUGUGGAGUUUGAAUGUUCUCCCUAUGUUUGUGUCAGUUGUUCCCCAUCCCUCCUACAGUCCACAGCCAUGCAGGUCAGCUGCAACCUAAAGGGUCUACACAGAUUUAAAACUAUGGACCUGAUCCCAAACAGACCAGGGCAAAACAUACCUAAACUCAGUGGGCUAAAAUGACUUGUCUAAAAUAAGAGACCUGAUCCAGAAGGGACUCGAGGACAGUCAGACCCGAUCUUAAUAGACCCAAAGAUUGCAUUGUCCCCUUAAAGUUAAACUGGCUUAUAAAUACUAUGUUGACCAGCAGUCAUUACCAAGCAAGCUGUGACCAAGCAGCUGUUCUGUAACAUCAGCUAUAUUUACAUUUAAAAUGAAUGAUCUCAGGGGGAAAUGUGAAGGCCAUGACGCACCAAGGCAACCUUGAACCGAGAUGGACCGGCUGUUUAGCUGAUGACCGACGCUGAAUCGGCCCAAAAAAGGCCGACGAAGGCUGGUGCGUGGUGACACAGACUAGGGCAACGGUCACUCACUGUCGGCCGUCGGCAAUACAGCCAAUCCAUGUGAUUGAAAAAGGUAGUGAGGAAAGCAAACAAAUGCCGUGAGGGCGCACGCACAAGGCUCUUCUAAUUUUUCAUUUCAUCUGAUCAAUCCAAAAAUGCUGUUCGAAUGUUCGUUUUAAACAGACACAUAGGUUCGAACAAUUGGAAUAACUAUUUUUGCACAUUAUGUCCAUAAUAUGGCAAACGUACAACGAGAUAUACAUAACUACUUGUGUAGUUAUUUAUUUCAACAAUAACAUGUCUUUUAAAGGGAAACUAUGCAGUUUUUUUAACCUUAAUUUACCUUAACUGAACAGCUUCGGAGUCAUUGGAAUGGUUAUAUGACUUUUUUCGAGUUGAAUGGUGGUCAUCUCCCUACCCCCUAGGGCCUGUGAGCAGAAAAACCUCCCUUGCAACUUUGGGCCGGGGAGCCGCGGGCCUCAGCGUCAGAAAGUAUCGCGUGAUAUCAGGUCUCCUGAUGUAAUUAAUUGCUUUUCGUUGCUUUUUAAGAACCGGCUGGUAGCACCGGAGUUUUUCACACUAUUGUCAUGGCUGAGCCGGCAAAAGAGAAGCAGAAAUCUAGGAAAGCAAAAAGCGAAGAAAUUGUCAAAACUGCAUAGCGCCCCUUUAAAAGAUCUCUAAAUACCUACAUAUUACAAAAUAGACUAUAUAGAUCUCCCUCUUUCUGCACCAUCUGCAACAAAAACAAUUAGCCCUCGAGCAAGCAAUUUAUCUUACAAGCCACCCGACCAGCCUCUAAAUUAGUCAAAUGUAACAACUUAAUGUUUCAUUCACACACUCUUGUCACAUCAUAGGAAAGCACAUGACUAUUGCCAGAUAUCAAUUUUGUCCAGCUAAUCUAAUUGUACCAUGAGCUGCAAACGUGUAUUUAAACUCUAUUGUCACAUGCAAUUGUACCAUAGACUGUAAAGAUUGUGGACGUAGCAGCAGUGACCUCACCCGUUGGUUUGUGGACUGCCGUUUUGAAGCCUCGAGUUUGGCCGUUGCCAUCUUGGCGACGGCCAAACUCGGACGUGAUGAUUCUUGAAGAGAGGGUGGAGCAGGAUUUGACACGGCAAAGCCAGUGUUGUUUAUGGUUGCAAUGGCGCAGCGCUAAGCUAAAUGCUAAAGAUGGAAAGUUGAUUUUUUCAACUCUUCUGAAGGGAGUCAUCCAGUGGAGAUUUACUGACGGGUAAACUACACGUACGGCUGUACGGCAAAUCCGAACUUUCCGAUCGGCAAACUUUCCCUUAAGUUACCAGCUAACACUAUCGGUAGCUAGCUAGCUUGGUUGGCAGAACAAGAUAUUUUUAGGCGACGAAAAUGUUCCAAUUAACUUUGAUGAAAUGAAAACACACAGUGAGAGGCUCAAAGUUUAAAAUGAAAACACGGACGACAA